GUCCGGAGGUAGGGAGCGGUGUUUUUUUUUUUAUAUAAGUAAAUUUGGAUCAGCGCAACAGUGGCGGUCGCGUUCCAUUAGUUCCAAUUAAGUCGUUUCGCGCCCCUGCGGAGGUGCAGUACGCGACGUGUUUGUCGCGGCAACAGGACCAGUCGGCAGUCUACAGCAGUCGGCACGCGAACAUGGCCAACGAGAAAUCGCUUAAAGAGUCCCUGCUGGCCGCCUCGCCGUUCCUGAUCAAAGUCGUGGAAAUCAUACUGGGGUUGACUAGCAUCUGUCUGAUAAUCAGCCCGUACUCGUCGAGGCUGCACACCAGCACAGGUAGAGCGGGUUUCGUGUACUCGGCUCUAUCUGGCGCAGUCUUGGUCGACCUCCUCAUAGUGGUCAGCCAUUUCUUACAACAAAAGAUACCGAAAAAGCCGUGCUUAAUUGUGUCGUGCUGGUACGGCUUGAUGCUGGCCAUAGCCGCCGGCAUCAUAUUCUCGGACUGGAGAGCCCUCCAAUUCGCCCUACAGGUGCGUCCGUCCAAGAACAGAAUGGAUCUGAUGAUAUCCUCGGCGGUCACAGCCACGCUGACAUCCAUCACGUUUUUCGCCGACUUUGUGUUGACAUUCAGGUACGGAUGAAACCGCACACAAAAAGUAUACGAGUGACUAUCAAUACCUAUCUACAUCGUAUGCUCUCGUAUGCCACAGGAUAUAAUUUUGAAUCGGCUCUUAGAACAUGUUUCUUUUUCAUGAUAAUUAUUUUAUUGAUUAUCGAACGUCACAAAAAUUCACAGUUAUUCUUUAUAUCAUAAACACGGUUUUUCUCACGUUAAUUGCACUUUUUUUUAUAUAUAGUAAAUAAAUAAUAGAAUAUUAUUUUAAUAUUAAAUCCAGUAAUCUUACGGUUCACAGAUAGAUAAUACAUAAUAAUAUUAAUACAUUUUAUACAUUAGUAUGCAAAAAAUACAACUAGGGCUCGGUAGUUAAUGCACCAAUACUGCCUAAAAAUACACAUGCAUCAAAAUUAUUUUUAAAUUGUAACCAACUUUUUUAUUAUAAAACACAUGGAUACCUAGGUCCUAGGUAUUAGUAUACAAAGUUUUGCAUUAUUGUAUGUGUUUGUUAAGUACCCAGAUUUUAAGAAUUUUAAUUCAAAGCUACAAGAUUGUACCUAAUAGUACUCUCAGGCUAUGAUUCUAAUUUUUACUAAGUUAAUCCAGCUAUUUUUUGGCUAUUUAGCAUAAACUAAAAAUAUACAAUCUACUUCCUGGCCCUUGUGAUAACCCCAUUAUUAUAUCUAACAAGCAUAUAUUUAUAUAUUUUUUACACUUUAAGCUAUGUCAUAUAUGUUAACUAUAUUUUUAAGUGAUAUAUUAAUUUUUACUAACUAUUUAUACAAUUCAUAUUAUUAUAUAGGUAGUUUGGUAUUUGUAUCUUCAAUAAACAUAAAUUUAAUAUUAUGUAGAAUAUAGAUAGAGACCUACUUACAUACUAUAUGUUAUUUUUUGUUUUAAUAAAACAAUACCUCAGUAUACAUGUUUAAUUAAAAUUACAUAAACAUUUUUCUACUUAUUAAAUAGACAUAAUCAAUUUUAUUAUUAUUAAAAUAAAUUAUCAAUUUAAUAUCAAGUAUUUCAUAAACAUUUUUAUUACACAUAACGUCAUAAAGUAUUUAUAAUAAUCAAAAGUUAAAAAAAAAACAUAUAUUUAUACAUAUAUAUUUUCAUUAUACACAAAUAAUAUUAAUUCGUCAAAUAACACUUAAUAUAUAUUAUAUAUUAUACCAAUAUAAAUAUAUAAAAAAUAUUAUUUAUAAUGUUGAUAAAUUUAAUUAAAAAUUAAGGACUGAUUUUUGAAUAUAUUAAUCAUUUUAAUUACCUAUUUAAAUAAAGAUAAAAAUGAAUGUGUUAUGUAAAACCUAGAGGAACGUUUAAGUUUUAAGGUUACUAAGUGGAAUCAUUUGUUGGAAUGUUCUAUAGGUUAAUGGUUUUUACAAAUAUUUUAUAUGUUAAGAAUUUCUGUAAAAUGUAUUCAAUGAUUGUUAAAAAUUAUUUUUUAUAUUUUUGCACUGUA